GCCGAGGCAGAGGCCACACCUGUGUCGCCCUGUUUUGUUGGCGAGUUUGUGGGGAAUCGUAUCUUUUUUUCUGGGGUGUGAGCGACUGGAAGAGAAAGGGAGGUGAGUUCGCUUCCGCGACCUCCGCAGCCGCCCCUGAGGGAGGCGGUGGACGUCCUCGGGGUCCCCUUCCCGGAGCGGCCUGCCGGUGCGGGGCUCGAGCUGCCAUGGCGACGCGGCGUGUGGGACGAGGCUGCUGGGACGGAAGCCCCACGGAGCGGAGGCCGCCGGCGAGGCUGCGGGAGCCCGCGGGCAAGGCGGAGGCGGCGUCCCCGCCGGUCCUGUCCCUCAGCCACUUCUGCACGAAGCCGUUCCUCUGCUUCGGGGACGUGCGCCUGGGCGCCUCGCGGACGCUGUCGCUGGCCGUGUACAACCCCAACGCCGAGGAGGCCGCCGUGACGCUGCCCCGCUGCCCGGCCGCCGAUCGGGGCUUCAGCGUCUGGCCGCGCGCCUUCGUGCUGCAGCCUAAAGAAAAAAUUGUUAUUUCUGUUAAUUGGGCACCAUUAAAACAAGGCCGAGUGAGAGAGAUUGUGACAUUUCUUGUAAAUGAUGUUGUGAAACACGAAGUCAUAUUACUAGGAAAUGCAGACGCGCCAAAAAAGAAAAAGAGGAGUCUUUGGGAUACCAUUAAUAAGAAGACAGUUUCGGCCUCUUCAGGUCAUGAGAAGAGGAUUUCAAAUAUUCAAAAUGUUAAUCAAACGUUUAAUGUUUCCCAAAAAGUUGACAAAGUUAGGAGCCCACUUCAAGCUUGUGAAAAUUUGGCUGGUAAUGCAAGCUGUUCUCCAACAGAAAACAAUUCUUUAAUCCUUGAAGAAAAUAAAAUACCCAUUUCCCCUAUUAGUCCCAUUUUCAAAGAAUGUCAUGGUGAGACUUGCUUGCCACUUUCUGUACGUCGAUCUACUACCUACACAUCUCUUCAUGCCCCUGAAAACAGGGAACUGUUACAAUUAGAAGGUGCCAACAUUUCGAAAGAUUUUGAUUUUAAUGAGAAAGUCAUAACCGAAACGUCCUUUGACUCCAUGAAUAAUAUUAAUGGCCAAAUUGAAGAGGAUAAUAAACUUAUUCUUACUCCAAACUAUUCUUCAACUUUGAACAUUACACAAAGCCAAGGAAAUUUUCUAAGUCCAGAUUCCUUUGUAAAGAAUAGCCAUAAAGCUAAUAAUGAACUAGAAUUAGUGACAUGUAUUUCACCAGAUACGUUUAUAAACAAUAAUUCAAGGCCUGUGCAUUUGGAAUCAAAACCUGUACAUGAAAUUUAUCGGACAAUUUUAAGUCCAGAUUCCUUCAUAAAGGAUAAUUAUGGACUAAAGAAGGAUCUAGAAUCAGAGUUAAUUAAUCCAAAUCUAUCCCCUCAUCAAUUUGUAAAAGAUAAUAUGGCAUAUAUAUGUAUAUCUCAACAAACAUGUAACUUAUCACCAUUAUCAAAUGAGAAUUCUCAGGCCUCACAGCCUCCUCAAAGGCAGAGAAAAAAUGAAGUUUCACCAUGCGUUCCUGAAUGUCGGGGUUCAAAAUCGCCCAAAGCUAUUUUUGAAGAACCCAAAGCUUUAGAAAUGAAGGCAAAUUGUGACAGUUUUACAAAACCAAACCAGCCUAAAUUUUCUGCAGUUCAGGAUUGUUCUGGGUGCAGCCACAAUACCCAACCUCAGAAACGCCCAAUACUUUCUGCCACUGUUACUAAAUUGAAGCCCACUUGUGCCAGAGAAAGCCAAACUGAGAUUAACAGGCCAAAGGCAAAAAGAUGUCUCCACAGUGUAGCAGGUGAAUGUGAAAAAGUAGCUGAUGAUCAAGAAGAGAAAAAUACUCUUCAUGCUUAUCUCCCAGUUAUAGAUCCGGUAGGAAGCAAAUCUAAGAGUUGUAAAAUGGUAGUUUCUCCUCCCUCCAAGACAGCUCCAGUUGUUCGCAAAAGAAAGAAUGAGGGAAACAGGGAGGAUGGAAAUGUGAUGCUUACAGUUACAGAACAUACAGAAGUGCAAAAAAUCAAAAGAAUCCAUUUUUCUCCUGUGGAGGUGAAAACAUCGGCUGUUAAGAAAACCAAAAAGGUGAUAACACCUACCUCGAAACUUAUUAGCAACAGAGAGAAAUUAAACCUGAAGAAGAAGACUGAGUCAUUAGUAUACAAAACUCCUAAUUCUAAAACAAGCAAAAGGACAAAGCGCCUUGUUCCUGUGGCACAAUCUAACCUGACCUUCCUAAAACCAUUAAAAACAGACAUUCCUCGACACCCAAUGCCAUUUGCUGCAAAAAACAUGUUUUAUGACGAACGCUGGAAGGAAAAGCAACAACAGGGCUUCACUUGGUGGCUGAACUUUAUAUUAACUCCUGAUGACUUCACUGUAAAAACAAAUGUUUCUGAAGUAAAUGCUGCUACUCUUCUUUUGGGAGUGGAGAGUCAACAUAAAUUAAGUGUUCCCAGAGCUCCGACAAAAGAUGAAAUGUCUCUCAGAGCUUAUACUGCUCGGUGCAGGCUGAAUAGAUUACGUCGUGCAGCCUGUUGUUUAUUUACUUCUGAAAAAAUGGUGAAAGCUAUUAAAAAGCUUGAAAUUGAAAUUGAAGCUAGGCGGUUAAUUGUUCGAAAAGAUAGACACCUCUGGAAAGAUGUGGGAGAACGGCAGAAAGUUCUAAAUUGGCUGAUGUCAUAUAAUCCUUUGUGGCUACGAAUCGGCUUAGAAACAGUUUAUGGAGAGCUCAUAGCUUUGGAAGACAACAGUGAUGUCACGGGGUUGGCCCUGUUUAUUCUGAAUCGCUUACUUUGGAAUCCUGAUAUAGCCGCUGAGUUUAGACACCCCACUGUCCCUCACCUGUACAGAGACGGUCAUGAAGAAGCUUUGUCUAGGUUUACUUUGAAAAAGUUAUUGUUGUUGGUUUGUUUCCUCGAUUAUGCUAAAAUCUCCAGACUUAUUGAUCAUGAUCCUUGUCUCUUCUGCAAAGAUGCUGAAUUCAAGGCUAGUAAAGAAAUUCUUCUGGCUUUUUCACGAGACUUCCUAAGCGGUGAAGGUGACCUUUCCCGUCACCUUAGCUUAUUGGGAUUGCCUGUUAACCAUGUUCAGACACCAUUUGAUGAAUUCGAUUUUGCUGUUACAAAUCUUGCUGUAGACUUACAAUGCGGGGUGCGUCUUGUGCGAGCCAUGGAACUCCUCACACAGAGCUGGGAUCUCUCAAAGAGACUCCGAGUUCCCGCCAUCAGCCGUCUGCAGAAGGUGCACAACGUUGACCUUGUCCUUCAGGUUCUGAGGGCCCGAGGGAUCCAGUUAAAUGAUGAGUAUGGAAGCCCCAUCCUGUCUAAGGAUAUUGUGGAUAGGCACAGAGAAAAAACUCUCGCAUUGCUGUGGAAAAUAGCGUUCGCUUUCCAGGUGGAUAUUUCUCUUAAUUUAGAUCAGUUAAAGGAAGAAAUUGACUUUUUAAAACUCACAUGGAGUAUGAAGAAAACAAUGUCUGCACUCUCAUGCCAUUCUGAUACUGUUCUCAAUAAGAAAAAAGACAGAAGGUUGAGUAAUCCUUUUGAACAAUAUAGUGAAAGCAUAAAGCUGUUGAUGGAGUGGGUAAAUGCUGUUUGUGCCUUCUAUAAUAAAAAAGUGGAGAAUUUUACAGUGUCUUUCUCAGACGGCCGUGUGCUGUGUUACCUGAUUCACCACUAUCAUCCGUGCUACGUGCCUUUUGCCUCCAUAUGUCAGCGUACCACUCAAACGGUGGAAUGUGCACAGACCGGAUCGGUGGUACUCAAUUCAUCCUCUGAAUCUGAUGAGAGUUGCCUGGAUAUGUCUCUUAAAGCACUUGAUCACGAAAAUACGUCAGAACUAUGCAAAGAACUCCUAGAAAAUGAAAAGAAGAAUUUUCAGUUGGUUAGGUCUGCGGUUCGAGACCUCGGUGGGAUCCCUGCUAUGAUUCAUCAUUCAGAUAUGUCAAAUACAAUUCCAGACGAAAAGGUGGUUAUUACCUAUCUGUCGUUUCUUUGUGCAAGGCUUUUGGAUCUCCGCAGAGAAACUCGAGCUGCUCGGCUCAUACAGACAACCUGGAGAAAGUUUAAACUGAAGCACCAUCAGGAGAGAGACAAAGCUGCAAUAAUUAUUCAAUCAGCUGUAAUCAAUUUUCUAACUAAACAACGAUUGAAAAAGAAGGUUAACGCAGCAUUGGUCAUUCAGAAAUAUUGGCGAAGGCUCUUAGAACAGAGAAAACUAUUAAUGUUAAAAAAGGAAAACCUAGAAAAAGCUCAGAAUAAAUCAGCAUUAAUAAUUCAGAAAUAUUGGAGAAGAUAUUCCACUAGAAAAAAGUUUCUGAAAUUGAAGCAUUACUCAGUCAUCCUGCAAUCAAGGAUAAGAAUGAUAAUUGCUGUUGCUUCUUAUAAACGAUAUCUUUGGGCUACAGUUACAAUUCAGAGGCAUUGGCUUGCUUGCUUAAGAAGAAAACAGGAUCAACAGAGAUACAAAAAGCUAAAAUCAUCAACCCUUAUAAUCCAAUCUCUGUUCAGAAGAUGGAAGCAACAUAAAAUGCAAUUGCAAAUAAAAGCUACCAUAAUAUUGCAAAGAGCCUUUAGACAAUGGCAUGCCAGGAAACGCUCUAAAGAAGAAAAAUCUGCUGUUGUCAUACAGUCGUGGUAUAGAAUGCACAAAGAAUUACGGAAAUACAGUCAUAUUAGAUCUUGUAUUGUUAUCAUCCAGACAAGAUUUCGGUGCUUUCAAGCACGAAAGUUAUAUCGAAGAAAGAAAGAGUCUGUACUGACUAUCCAGAGGUACUACCAGGCAUAUCUGAAAGGGAAGACCGAGCACACCAAAUAUUUGCAAAAACGGGCUACAGUCGUUCAACUACAGGCUGCUUUUAGGGGAAUGAAAGCUCGUCAUUUACACAGACAAAUCAGAGCUGCUUGUGUUUUGCAGUCGUAUUGGAGAAUGAGACAAGAGAGGUUUCGAUUUCUAAACCUUAAGAAAAUUAUCAUCAAAUUGCAGGCACACGUAAGAAAAUACCAGCAAGUACAGAAAUAUAAGAAGAUGAAAAAAGCCACCCUUGUCAUUCAGAUUCAUUUUCGAGCUUAUGUUUCAGCCAAGAAAGUUCUAGCAUCUUACCAGAAAACACAUUCUGCUGUCAUUGUUCUACAGUCUGCAUAUAGAGGAAUGCAAGCCAGGAAGAAGUUUAAUCACAUCCUAAGAUCUAUUGUAAAGAUUCAGUCAUAUUAUCGAGCUUAUAUUUCCAGAAAAAAAUUUCUGAGCCUAAAACAUGCUACCGUAAAGUUACAGUCAAUUGUUAAGAUGAAAAAAACUCGUAAACAAUAUUUACAUAUAAGAGCAGCUGCUCUGUUUAUUCAGAAGUGGUACCGGUCCAUAACCUAUAGAGCUUCAGCUAUUAUCAUUCAGAGAUGGUACCGAAAUAUUAAAAUUGCAAGCCAUCAACGUAAGGAAUAUCUUAAUUUAAAGAAGACAGCAGUCAAAAUCCAAGCUAUGUAUAGAGGUGUUAGAAUAAGAAGACAUAUUCAACAUAUGCACAUGGCAGCCACCUUUAUUAAAGCCAUGUUUAAAAUGCAUCAGGCAAAAAUAAGAUAUCAGAAAAUGAGAACAGCAGCUCUCAUAAUACAAGUAAGAUAUAGAGCCUAUUAUCAGGGUAAAACUCAGCGUGCCAAAUACUUGGCAGUUCUGAAAGCUGUUAAUAUUCUUCAGGCCAGUUUUAGAGGAGCGAGAGUUAGGCAGACGCUAAGUAAGAUGCAGACUGCGGCAACACUCAUUCAGUCAUACUACAGAAGGUACAGACAACAAUCACGUUUUAAUAAAUUAAAGAAGGUAACAAAGACACUACAGCAAAGGUACCGGGCCAUGAAGGCAAGAAACGUCCAGUUUCAAAGGUAUAACAAAUUAAGGCGUUCUGUCAUCUGCAUUCAGGCUGUUUUUAGAGGGAUGAAAGCUAGAAGACAUUUAAAAGUUAUGCAUUUAGCAGCGACACUUAUUCAGAGGAGAUUCAGAACUCUGAUGAUGAGAAGAAGAUUCCUGUCUCUCAGGAAAACUGCUCUUUGGGCUCAGAGACAAUAUCGUGCAAAUGUUUGUGCAAAGCAUCACUUACAAUUUCUACGGUUACAAAGGGCCGUCAUUAAAAUCCAGUCAUCGUGCAGAAGAUGGAUAGUAAGGAGAAAGAUACGAGAGAUGCACAGGGCUGCUGCUCUCAUCCAGGCUACUAUAUCUACUGGGGAAAACCUCGAGGUAGUGGUUAAGAACCAGCCUCUGACUCCAGCUCGCGUGGGUCUGAAUCCCAGCCCUGCAGCUGCCUGCAGGUUACUUAGCCUCUCUCUGCUUCACUUUCAGCACCUUCCCCAGGAGUAUGAGAAAACUACUUCCGCAGUGUACGACGUAGAAAAUUGUGUAGAUACGCUGUUGGAGCUUUUACAGAUGUACCGAGAAAAGCCUGGUGACAAGGUUGCAGACAAGAGUGGAAGCAUUUUCACCAAAACUUGUUGUUUGCUAGCUGUUUUACUGAAGACAACAAGUCGAGCUUCUAGGCAUCGAGCUGCUUGUUCGGUCCAAGCACAUUUUAGAGGCUGUAAAGCAAGGCAGCUCCCCCGUCGGCAGGAGUCUGCUGCUGCGACCGUACGGAGAGAUGUCCGAGCUGGGACGUCUGGGAAGUCGGAAAGGACAACAUUUUUUGAAUUAAAAAAAUCUACAGUUGCUCUACAAGCACUGGUGCGGGGUUGGUUAGUGAGAAAAAGAAUUUCAGAACAGAGAGCCAGAACUAGGCUCCUUCACUUCACAGCUGCUGCCUAUUACCACCUGUCCGCUCUUAGAAUUCAAAGAGCGUAUCGACGUCACAUGGCUGUGAAGAAUGCUGAAAGGCAUGUUAAUUCAGUCAUCUGUAUUCAGGGCUUUGCGCUGCCUCCAUCCACCCCGCCGUCGGAAUUAUCUGUGCAGUGCAAUAGAGGAGAAGUGAAAUAUCCUGUAUGUUUGAGAACAGAAUCUAAAGGCGUGUGUGCAUCUCCCCCACUUAUUACAAAUGGAGUCAUUAUUGGGUCAGCAGGCGGCACCUAUGAAAACGGCUCCUCAGUAGAAUACAGGUGUUUUGAUCACCAUUUCCUACAGGGACCUAGAGUGUCCCAUUGUGUACAGGGAGUGUGGACCACACCACCACUGUGCUUGGAGGAAAAGGAGAAGACAGCCUGUGAGGAGCCACCUGCCGUUGGCCACGGUGCAGCAAACCUGUAUGCGACGGUUUAUUACAAUGGGGAUAAAGUGGCAUUUACAUGUCAAAGUGGCUAUCAUCUGCGCGGGCCAAAAGAAAUCACCUGUACGCAUGGAAAAUGGACUCUUCCCCCCGAGUGUGUUGGGCACGCCCUCUGCCUGCUGUCCUUCCUGACACCCUUCUCUUUUCUCAAUCAGCUCUGGAGGACUCCGCACCAACACGUGUACCGAGGAUAUGUGUCGCGUGAAAGCAGAGCGAUUAGAGAUGCUAGAGAAAUUAGCAGAGAUGUUCGAAAUAGGUCCAAAGUUGUUGACCACGUUUAUAGUCUCCACAAACUUACAGCUCGUAAACAUAGAAUGAGCACUGAAAGGGCUCUUCAUAAGCAAAAUAAGAAUUCUUCUAUAAGCUCUCCCUUCAUUCCAGAAACACCUGUACGAACCAGGGUGGUUUCAAGACUGAAACCAGGUUGGGUGUUGAGAAAGGACAACAUGGAAAUCACAAGUCCCCUGCAAGCGAUUCGAAUGGUGAUGGAUACGCUCGGCAUUCCUUAUUAGUAAAUAUAAACGUUUUCAGUGUGUACAGGGAAAAGAUACAGUAAAGCCAAUCAUGAAUGUGUCAAGUGUUUUGGCUUUUUUUGUAGAACUUCUAAAAUUUGACUUUGUAUUAAAAUUGAAGAAAUACAUGUACUAAAUAAACUUUUUUUUUUAUAUUCUUCAUUGUUUUAUUAUUUAAUAGCUUUAUGCACGUAAGAAAUUGAUAUGUCAUGAAAUUAUUAUAACACU